CCUCCGCGCGCCUCGCCCUUGGCCCCGCUGCGCGCGCUCCUGGCGCCCGAGUGAGCGCAGCGCGGGGCCGCGGUGGCCUGAGGCCUGCCCGCUGGGCCCUGUCGCUACGCAGCCUGAAAAACUGCGGCGUCCCAGGCUGAACUUGGCCUCGCGCCCGGGCGCUCUCGGAGCACCGAGGCGCGGCCCCGCGUGAAGCGCGCACCUGCCGAAGACGAAACAUGGGCAGGGGGUCCCAGGUCCCCCCAACGCCCCAGCCUCCUGUCGCCUGUCCUGUUAGCCAGCCCGGGCCACUUCCCGGAGGAGCGAGAUGAAGUACAAAGGGGCUUUGGGUGCCCUCACUGCUUCCAGCUGCCAUCUGAGGAGGCCAGGGAAAGGGCUCUUUGAGUGUAGAGAAGAGCUUGGUCUGGAAGCCCAGGUCCCCAGAUUGGCCGCAGAGGACCAAAUGCAGCUCAAGGUUGAUUGACACUCCUGUUUGCCUGAACUGCUUCUCGGACUGUUUAGCAAUGGUUUCCUGACUGAUUGCUUAAUUAGACAAAGAAGAAAGCAAGGGAGAAGAAAAUUCCUAAGUGGGCAUUUGGUUUCCUGCCUCUUGACCAACAUCCAGCAUCGUGUGCGCAGCUCUGGCACCCAGACGGUUGAAAGAUGCUCAUAGCGGCAAUGUGCUUAGCCCUUCUGGGCUGCCUGCAGGCCCAGGAAUUCAAGGGACAUGUUUCUAUAAUCCUGCUGGGAGCAACCGGGGACCUAGCUAAGAAGUACCUGUGGCAGGGACUGUUUCAGCUCUACCUGGAUGAGGCUGGGAAGGGCCACAGUUUCAGCUUCCAUGGGGCUGCCCUGACAGCCCCCGAGCAGGGCCAGAAGCUCAUGGACAAGGCCUUGGAAUCCCUCUCCUGCCCCAAGGACUUGGCACCCAGUCACUGUGAUGAACUCAAGGGUCAGUUUCUACAGCUGAGCCAAUACCGCCAACUGAAGACAGCCGAGGACUAUCAGACCCUGAACAAGGACAUUGAGACCCAGGUCCGGCAGGAUGGGCUCUGGGAAGCUGGCAGGAUCUUCUACUUCUCUGUGCCACCCUUUGCCUAUGCAGACAUUGCCCGCAACAUCAACAGCAGCUGCCGACCACGACCAGGUGCCUGGCUGCGGGUUGUUCUUGAAAAACCCUUUGGCCAUGACCACCUCUCAGCCCAGCAGCUGGCUUUAGAACUUGGAAGCUUUUUCCAGGAAGAGGAGAUGUAUCGGGUAGACCAUUACCUGGGCAAGCAGGCCGUGGCUCAGAUCCUGCCCUUCCGAGAUCAGAACCGUAAGGCCUUGGAUGGCCUCUGGAACAGGCACCACGUGGAGCGCGUGGAGAUCAUCAUGAAGGAGACUGUGGACACAAAAGGCCGAGCCAGUUUCUAUGAGGAGUACGGUGUCAUCCGUGACACACUGCAGAACCACCUGACGGAGAUCCUCACGCUGGUGGCCAUGGAACUGCCCCAGAACAUCAACAGCUCAGCCGCCGUGCUACAGCAUAAGCUCCAGACCUUCCAGGCCCUGCGGGGGCUGCAGAAGACCAGUGCCAUCCUGGGCCAGUACCAGGCCUAUAGUGGGCAGGUGCGUCAAGAGCUGCAGAAGCCAGACGGUUUCCAGAGCCUGACACCAACCUUUGCAGGUGUCCUUGUCCACGUCGACAACCUGCGCUGGGAGGGCGUCCCUUUCCUCUUGAUGUCUGGCAAGGCCUUGGACGAAAGAGUGGGCUACGUUCGGAUCUUGUUUAAGAACCGGGCAUACUGCACCCAGAGCGAGAGGCACUGGGCGUCCGCGCAGAGCCGGUGCCUGCCCCAGCAGAUUAUCUUCUACAUUGGACAUGGCGAGCUGGGCCACCCCACCAUCCUGGUCAGCCAGAACCUGUUCAAGCCCUACGUCCCCACCCAGAGCUGGACGGAGGUGCAGGGCCAGCCUGGGCUCCGCCUUUUUGGUCGUCCUCUGUCUGAUUACUAUGCCUAUAAACCUGUGCGGGAGCAAGAUGCCUACUCCACCCUCUUGUCUCACAUCUUCCACUGCCGAAAGGAGUCCUUCAUCACCACAGAGAACCUGUUGGCCUCCUGGGUCUUCUGGACCCCCUUACUGGACAGUCUGGCCCUCGAAGUUCCACGCCUUUACCCCGGGGGAGCAGAGAAUGGCCAUCUGCUGGAUUUUGAGUUCAGUGGUGGUCAGCUGUCCUUCUCCCAGCAGCAGCUAGAGGUGUUGAUGCCAGAGCUGGGGUCAGUCCCAAAGCCCAGUGACUUCCAGGUCCUCAGGGCCCAGUACAGAGAGAGCCCACUGAUCACUGCCUGGCCGGAGGAGCUGAUCUCUAAGCUAGCCGGUGACAUUGAAGCCACCGCAGUGCAGUCCGUACGACGCUUUGGCAAGUUCCACCUGGCACUGUCAGGGGGUUCCAGCCCCAUAGCCCUCUUCCAGCAGCUGGCCACAGGGCAUUACAGCUUCCCCUGGGCCCACACACACCUUUGGCUGGUUGAUGAGCGCUGCGUCCCUCUCUCAGAUCCAGAGUCCAACUUCCAGGGCCUGCAGGCUCAUCUGCUGCAGCACAUUAGGGUACCCUACUACAACAUUCACCCCAUGCCGGUGCACCUGCACCAGCGGCUUUGUGCUGAAGAGGACCAGGGGGCCCAGACCUAUGCCAGCGACAUCUCAGCCCUGGUGGCCAACAGCAGCUUUGACCUGGUGCUGCUGGGCAUGGGCACUGAUGGGCACACAGCCUCCCUGUUCCCACAGUCACCCACGGGCCUGGAUGGAGAUCAGCUGGUGGUGCUGACGGAGAGCCCUUUCAGGCCAUACCAGCGCAUGAGCCUCAGCCUGCCCCUCAUCAACCGUGCCAAGAAGGUAGCUGUCCUGGUCAUGGGGAGGACAAAGCGUGAGAUCACCAUGCUGGUGAGCCGGGUGGGCCAUGAGCCCAAGAAGUGGCCCAUCUCCGGCGUCCUGCCUCUUUCUGGACAGCUGGUUUGGUACAUGGAUUACGAGGCCUUUCUGGGAUGACAGGCGUACCCUGGUCUCAGUCACUAUCGAACUUUCUGUCACCCGCUCAAUGUGCCCCAGCUGUCCCGAGCCUGGUACCAGAGUCAGGCCCCAGAGAAGGGAGAUCGAAAUUCUGCCGUGCUUCCUGGGCCCACUGGUUCUGUGUAAUUAUGGUGCCUGGACACAAAAACAAGGCAGAACUCGGACCUCUGCUUUGGAGAUGCCUCGAAACCCAGACAGGAGGGAAACUCUGAGGCCUCUCUCAGUUACUCAUCAGUGUCUGCAACGCAGAAUAAGACAGGGAGAGGCUGCACGUUAAAGAACCAGUGUGGUGUGUGCAGACUGGCCGGUGGUCCUGGGACCGGUUUCUGUAGGAAGAGGGGCCGGAGUUGGUGGAGAGAAGGAUGCAGACUCCUGGUGAGUGGGCCAGGCAAGAAGAGUAGACACAAUCCUGGGAUUGCACUGGGCAGCCUGCCUCUUCUGGAAUCCCGUCAUCCCUCUGUGCAUCUAGCUGACGUCUGGUCCUUGCUCAGGCAGCUUCUACCUCCUCAGUGCCUGACAGCCCUGUUCUCUGCAUUCCCAUUGCCCUCAGCCUCUCCCUAUAUACAAAGGAGAGACAGAUACAGACACUGCCUUGCCACCCCCCCCCCCCCCCAUCUAAAGACCUGGGCUCCCCUUUCCCCACUGAGAUCUGUUCUGCCCUCACGGGGCCACAGGUGUCUCUGAUCUAUUAGAUAGGGUGCUCUGUCUGCUCCUGGGGAGAUGACUACAGCUCACAGCCUCUUCCUGGAGGGUAUGUGGCCAAUUCCCAGCACUAGGGGGCAGGCUGCAGCUAGCCCUCAUCACACUACCUCUCUAGGGGCCCCAAGCCUGGCAGCUGACUCUGCGGGUGUCUCCACCUCUCUUCAUCACUAACCUGGUACCACUGGGACCAGGACAGACUGCUCCUAACUGCAGCCUCCUCCAGGGCCUCUGCAUUUUUAUUUUUAAAAGCAAGCCGACAGCAUAAAGCAAACUUCUCAGGGCACAUGAAGCUUUUGUUUUGUCCUCCUGCUUAGUCACAUGGACAAGGCAGGGCAUAGAAGGGUUACCAUGGCCCCUGCCUCCCAGUCACGCUCUGUCGGUCACACAGAGUCUCAGUCUUUCGGAAUUUUCCCAGAGAGGGGCUUUCAUUUGGUGAGGAGCAUCAGGAAAGCUGUUUCUCUACUUUUGACUGUACUUUCUCCCAGGCAGUGCAUGCAAGGACCCUUGCUUUCACUAGAGAUGUGUGCACAGUGUAGCCUGAGCUGGGGCUCUGUAUGAAAGGCACUCUUGUUAAAAUUCUGCUUCCUCUGGCCUCCAGUGACCCAGACUGACAGAACACCUCUAUUGCAAGAGAGCUACCCUGGGCAGAAAGGACGUGUAAUGCCCUGGGGCCCUUUUCUGGCUGGUGCUCACUUUUGUGGCUGGCAUCACAGGUAGUUGCAGUGAGGUUCCACUUUUGGCCAUGUGGGGGAGCUCACGUGCCACCACUCACAUUCCAUCCAGGAGGCAAGUUUAGUGCCAAACAUCAUCUCUUUGUUUUAUGCUCUGCCUCUCUGGCUUCUUAGCGUUCUCAUCUGUUCUUUAAGGACUCAGUCCUCUGAAGUUUCAAAAUCAGAGAGAAAGGGGCCUUGCAUGCCCCGGGAGAGAGGGUGAACAGGCUUUGUGUCACCAUGCUGAAUAACAGUGAGUCACUGCCCAGCCUGAGCUUAGAAUGUCCUGUUCUUACCCAGAAGAAUGACUCGACUCUAUCUGUGGGGAGUUGCACAGGGGAGGCCAGUGUGGGGAAAUACCAAAGAUUUCCUUUCCGGAAGCAAGCACUAAUAAAACCCCGUUGGAAAGGUUGGUGGGAGACGUUGUCAGAGUUCUUGGCAUGCACCUGUGCAUGCCCUUUCCCUUUCUGCCCCAGGGUUAGGAAGGAGUGAUGCUCAGAGUCAGGACCACCGAGGCUGCUGCUCUUCAGACCCUGUGGUCCAUCAUCCACAGCAAGCAGUCACAUAAUCGGUGUCUUGAGUCUCAGGAAGGAGUUCUCAGCCUUAGAACCUGGGAUACCCUCAAUUUUCUAUUUUUCAUUAAAAAAAUUGUUGCUUGCAAAUCACUUAUGCUGCGUUGAUAACAGUGUGAAGAACACACCUCUGUCAGCUUGCUGCCUGUCAGGAAGUGGGGAUCUGAGGCUGGGAAGAGUGGAUGGGUGUCCAGGUCCCUGGGGAGAGGGGGAUGGAUGGUCACUUGUGUCUGGGACACAGCCUUCCCUCCCUGAAGUCCACUUUCAUGCAUGCUUCCCCAGUGAAGUGAGGUCCCCGCAGCUGUGGGGACCUCUGACCUUGCAAGCAUUCACCCUGUGCUGGCUCAGAGCCCCAGUGGAUGCUGCUGACUGCAUCCCCAUCCCUCCCUUAGGGAGAGGAAGGGAGGGAGGGGGGAGGAAACAGUGGAAGCAGAGGCCUGCCCCUUGCUCAGGUGGCUCUUGUGUGUCCUGUGCUAACGAUAGCACACCUUGUCCUGCUGACAGGCCAGUUUGCUGCCGGUGGGACCUCAGUGACUGAUGAUUUGAAACUGGAGUCCAGUGGCAGCCAGAAACUCUGUUAGGUUCUAGAGCCCAUUCCCAGCACCCACAAGGGCCUCACGUGGCCGUCAGGUUCCCUGAAUGGGCCCGUGAUUCCUCCGUGGGAAGAAUGUAGGCCAUGUGAGUGGCAGAAGGAGCCCUUGGGGUGACAUGCCAGUUAACAUCUCCAGCACAAACAUUGCAGCUGGGUGUCACAAGCUAGAUCUGACUUCCAGUCCUGGGCAAGUGUUCUUGCUAAUUAAUUGUGCGCUAAAUGGUCCCAACUUCUUAAUUUCUGCUUCUUUUUCUUAUGAUUAAUUUUUUUAGUUUUAUGUGCAUUGGUGUUUUGCCUGCAUAUGUGUCUAUGUGAGGGAGUCAGAUCCCCAGAGCUGGAGUUACAGACAGUUGUGAGCUGCCAUGUGGGUGUUGGGAAUUGAACCCGGUCCUCUGGAAGAGCUGAUAGUGCUCCUAACCACGGAGCCAUCUCUCCAGCCCAUAUUCCCUGCUUCUUAUUGCCCUACAAAAAUACUCUCUUUUCACUUUGGCCCCCAAAUUAUCAGUGUAAUCAGAGCUCCCUGCUACUUGUACCGAUACCUUAGACCUUUCCCUCAAGGGCCUUCUCCCAGAAACGAAACCAGGCUUCAUCCCCCAGUUCUCCUUGUUGCCCAGUUUCCCUCUUCCCCCAUCCUGACAGAGAGCCAGGGGCGCGUGAUGGAAAAGGGAAUGAAGAAGCUUCCAGAAAGCCUAAAUGGGGCAAAUUCUUGGAAUUUAAUUUUCAGGAACUUUUUUUUUUCCCUACAACGUGUGUACUGCCCCACUGAGUGGCCCUGCGGCAGAUCCCCAGAGUGGCCCUGCGGCAGAUCCCCACUGAGUGGCCCUGCAGCAGAUCCCCACUGAGUGGCCCUGUGGCAGAUCCCCAGAGUGGCCCUGCGGCAGAUUCCCACAGAGUGGCCCUGUGGCAGAUCCCCAGAGUGACCCUGUGGCAGAUCCCCAGCUGUAUUUUUAUCUUAAACAGCUGGGGCUCCCGCAGCCCUCAGUCUACUGGUAGAAAAACCACCUGGCAAUAUCCAGUGUCAGGGAAGGAGCCACAGGUGGAGGUGGGGGGGGUCACAUUGGUUGGCCAAAGUGGUCAGCACAUGCCUGCCCUGGGGAUGACGCUCCAGAUGAACCAAGGGUCUGAACGGGCUGCUGUCCCCAGAUGUCACAACUGCACAGGUCAUGAGGCUUUCUGCAGGCCACACUGGAGGAAGCAGGCCCUUCUGCUCCCUGCGUUCCUCUCCCCAGCUCCCAGCUCUCCUGCGGCAGUUCUGCACCCCAGUGUCUCACCCCCAAGGUCAUGCUGUGUGUGACCCAGGGACCUUGAAGACAUGCUCAUGCCUUGGUUUGGCAGCAUAUCUAUGGGAGAAAGGAUUGCACUCAGGAGUUAGUCAGAACGCAACCCAAACCAGCAGUCGGGGUGGGUCUGCACUGCUUUGUCUGGGCCCGUUUUAAUUGCAGUGGUGGGGAUGCCCAGUUGAAGAUGAGAUCCGUUCCUGACUCAGCCCUGCCUGCACUUACCUUGAGCCCAUCAGAGCUGGUGUUAGCUGCACUGUCGUUCAGUUGGUUGCACAUAUGUCUUUUGCUUGCCUCAUGCUGCAGCCCACGUGGGCUCUAGACACAAGGCUGCCCUGCCUCCAGCCUUUCCCGCUCCACAGCAGAACUGACCCUCCAGGUAUCUAGGGAGUCCUUGCAAGAGUGUGGCCUCUGGGAAGGGGGGAGCAGGGCUCAAACCAAAAUGUGUUCCUGGAAGAUGCAAGGGGCAGAUGUCUUCCAGGAACACCAAAUCCUGUCUUCUGCAGGCUAGUGGCACCUUCUGCAGGUUCUUCACACCUAGAGAUGGAUGUGAGGAACCCCGAGAAUCCUUCACCUCCUAGCUGAGGAAGGUGUCAAUUCACCACUGCUGUCACCAGCACAAGACAUCCUGGCAAGUGAUCUGAGGAUGCAUCACUGUGAUCUAGCAAGCCAUGGGGACUGAGACGGCUUGGAUGUAUUGUCCCUUCAGCCAUCCCACAUUGGGAGUAUAUUUAUUUGCAUCCAAGGGGAUGUCCAUGUCUGUGUGUGACCAUGGACAAGGCCUCAAAUUAAUGACACUCUGUUCAUUCUUUGUCCUCCAAGGGUGAGCUUUGUUAAAGCUCCGUGUUGCUUCAGUGGCUGGUGUUUUCAAGGAAGUCCGUGUGUCUUUUCUGUCCCUUUCUGUCGAGUGGCAAAUAAUCUGUAUUUGCCAAGCACUGUUGAGUUCAUGAACAGCUGGGAGUUGGCACCGAGAGUACAGGUGUACACCGAGUGUGUGUAUGUGUGUGUGUGUGUGUGUGUGUGUGUGUGUGUGUGUGUGUGUGUGUGGUCUCUGGCUGUGCCUCACAGAGGGCUGGUUAUGAUGCAUUAUGCUCAACUGAUAGAACACUUGCCUAACAUGCAAAAAGCCCUGGGUUCCAUUCCCACUGCCACAUAAACUGGGCGUGAUGCUAUACACCUGUAAUCCUAGGAGGUGGAGGCGGGAGGACCGGGAAUUCAAGGCUAUCCUUGGCUACAUAGCAAGGUCAAACCAGCCUGGAUAGAUGAGAUCCUGUUUCAAAAAAAGCCUUGUGAAUGAAAAAGGUAAGGACUAGGUUAGCUGGGAGUGAGAACACCCAAGUUGUUUCCCUCAGUGUCUCUGGGGGGUCUGGUCCAGUUGACUCUUCCUGUGAACAGACUGUUCACGUGGGAGAGCCGGGUGAGUGGACUCCAGGAGUUACCAGGGCCUCUCCUGCCCACCCGUGCCUGCGUGAGGAGCCUGAGUCCCCAGAGACCGUUGGACUUCUGAGUCACCCUGACAAACACCGAAGGAGGAAGGAUUUAUUUUGACUCAUGGGUCAUUUUAGCCCAAGGUCACUUGACUGUGUUGUUUGUGGGCCAGAAUUGAGGCAGAAUGUCAUGGUGUGAGCAUAGUGACCCAGAAGUGGGAUACCAGGAGAGGCGCAAAGCUACACAGAGAAACCCUGUCUCGAAAAACCAAAAAAAAAAAAAAAAAAAAAAAGAAGAA